AUGCUCUUCUCCAAGGUCCUCGUCUCAUUGCAGCUCUUGGCUUGCUACAAUAUCUCAGCGCACCCGCUCUCGACUUCCAAAUCCCUGGUUCGGCGAUCGGAAUAUUAUGCUGAACUCGGCCGGAUGGCCAGUCAAGGAGAUAAAAGACCAAGAACUGCUCCAAGUCGAGCUCCAAGAGAAGAAUGGGGAACUAGAAUCCAGUCGGAAGAAUGGAAUGGGCCUUUAAUGCCAUUCAAACAUCCUCGAGUACAAGAAUGGAGCGACGAAACCCUGACUUCCGGGGUUUCGAGUGUCAGUUCAGAAUCUUCAAAAGAUCGAUGGCGAGAAGUCAGCAGUUCGGGAAGAUGGAGGGGGAAUUCAAGGCAGUCAAAGAAACCUGCGGCGCCAGCUGCUCCAGAGGAAGCAGAGCCUUCCGACGCUAUAAAGGACUUACUCAAACAAGCAUCUGAGGAGGAAAUACUGGGAGUUCUUGAAGAGCUUGGUCAAAAAGUGAUGAAUAACCCAAAAAUAGGUAGAGUUCUGAAGCAAUAUUCCACGAGAAGUGCGAGGAAGCAAGGUGAAAUGAAAUCAUUGGCUAUGGAGGGCCCCAAUGCAAAACAGCCAACAACUAAAGAAUGGUUGGAUAAUGCAAACUUUCAACUUUCAAAACAGCUCAUUGCUGUGCAAAAUGAGCAGAAGGAGUCUCAUAGUGGAAUCUUAAGUGAUUAA